UAUGAAUGCUUUGCUGCCGCUGUUUUGGGGGACAUGUGGUGCUCGAGAGGUAAUUGUUGUAAUAUUUGAAGAAAGUGCUAAAAAUCAGAACAAAAGUAGACAAGGAACCUUUUGCCUCCCUCUUAAAAGCCUUUCGUUUGCCAGCAGAAAGGAAAAAAAGGGAACAAGCCGUACGGCACGAGAAGUGAACUGCAGACGUUCGGCUCAUCCAUAACACAGAAGGAAUAUUUCAGGGGUUUAAUGAACAUACUACAGGCUCCUGACACUUUGGUACAUGGAGACAUCGGCAUCAUAAAUCAAAAGCCAGUGACGCAAAAGACGGGGGCAACGCAUCAAAACGAUGGAGGAAGAAAACAUUUGGAGUUUGAGCAACGGAUUGUGCGUGAUGGUGCUCUGUAUGGACAAGAAGCCGUGCCGUGACAGAGGGCAACGUGGGUAAAAGAGACAUGCGACACCCAGCCCUGAACCACUGGCACCUCUUCCUGGGCGGGGCCCUGCUGCUCCUCCUGGCCAGCCCCACCCUGAGCUGCCCCGCCCGCUGCGAGUGCUCCGCUCAGAGCAAGUCGGUCAGCUGCCACCGCAAGCGCCUGCCCACCAUCCCGGAGGGCAUCCCCAUUGAGACGCGCGUCCUGGACCUCAGCAAGAACAAGCUGCGGAUCAUCACGCCGGACAACUUCUCCUCGUUCCUGCAGCUGGAGGACCUGGACCUGAGCGACAACCUCAUCAGCGUGGUGGAGCCCGGCUCCUUCCGCUCGCAGCUCGCGCUCCGCUCGCUCAACUUUCGCAGCAACCUGAUUCAGCUGGUUCCCGCCGGCGUGCUGUCGGGCCUGACCAACCUCACCCGGCUCGAACUCGGACACAACCGACUGGUGGUUCUUUUGGAUCACGCCUUCCAAGACCUGCGCAGGUUGACGUCCCUCAAGGUGGGCGACAAUGAGCUGGUUUUCAUCUCGCAGCGGGCCUUCACUGGAUUACUCGGACUCCAAAGCCUCACCCUGGAACGUUCCAAUCUGACCGUGGUUCCUACCGACGCUCUGACGCACCUGCACGGCCUGGUGGAGCUGCGCAUGCGCCACUUGAGCAUCAGUUUUCUAAAGCCUUACUCCUUCAAGAGGUUAUCACGUCUCCGCCGACUGGAGAUUGAUUACUGGCCCUGGCUUGACACACUGCCCCCCCUCUCCCUGGACGGCCUCAACCUCACCACGUUGGCCAUAACCAACACCAACCUGUCGGCCUUCCCCGGCGACGCCCUGCGCAGCCUGCCCUACCUCACGCAUCUCAACUUGUCCUACAGCCGCAUCCAGCACAUACACCAGGACAAGCCGGUAAAACUCCCCCACCUGCUGGAACUCCACCUCCAAGGGGCUCGUCUGAUUUCCAUCGAGGCCUUCGCAUUCUCGGGCCUCAAGUCCUUGCAGCUGCUGGACGUGUCGCAGAACCGCCUGGACUCUCUGGAGAGCGGCGUGUUUGCCUCGCCGGACGGCCUCCAGAGGCUCUGUCUGGGCGGGAACCCACUGGUGUGCGACUGCAGGUUGCUCUGGCUGCUCAAUAGCCACAAGCCCCCCGCCCUGCAGAUUCUGGACGUGCAGCCAGAGUGCAGCGCCCCGGUGAGCCUCCUGGGGAAACCGCUGCGCGACCUCAAGGAGCCGCUGGUCUCCAGAUACAUGACCUGCACCAAGCCCCGGAUCGGACCCAACACCACGCAGCUGCUGAUGGCCGACGAGGGUCAGCCGGCCCGCCUGAGCUGCGCGGCGGAGGGGGCGCCCCGGCCCUCGGUGGUGUGGAUUACGCCUCACAGACGCAACAUCACGACCAAGAGCAGCGGCAGGGUGGAAGUCCGGCCGGACGGGACCCUGGAGAUCAAGGAGGCGGAGCUGCACGACAGCGGCGUGUACUUGUGCGUGGCCAGCAACCCGGCUGGAAACGCCAGCCUGUCGGCCUCUCUGGCCGUAAAGGGCCUGGGCCUCGGCGACAGAUCUCACUUCAGCAACAGGAGUUCAAACUAUCUGGCAAACUCCAACAGCACGUGGGGCAACGGGACAGUACUGUACAACAUGACGGUCCCCAUAGACCUUAAGACUAUCAUCAUAUCCACAGCGAUGGGCUGCCUGUCCUUCCUGGGCGUGGUGAUCUUCUGCUUCCUGCUCCUGUUCGUGUGGAGCCGGGGGAAAGGACGCCACAAGAGCAACUUUGACAUCGAGUACGUGCCUCGCAAAUCCAACGGCGCGGCGGCCGACGUGACGGAAACGAGCGGCCCGCGGCGGGUCAACAUGAAAAUGAUUUGAAGGAAGGAAGCGGACGGUUAGCGGAGUCUACAAAAAAGUGCACAUACCAGCUGGGGGGGGGGGGGG